UUUACCUCUCGAAACACGAUUUGUUCUUUGUACCGUUUUCGGUCUCGAUUACCGCUUUUUCACGUUGAAAUCAUUAGAUUAUUGAAAAUUGAUUGCAUCAAGCGAUACGUGAGACAAAUUAUGUAGUUGGUUGAAAUAUGAUGGAAUACAACUGUUUGAGAGAUAAUUAAAUUGGAUUUUAAUGGCUUUUACUUAUAACUGAUAAUCUACAUGAUCGGUUUACGAUACACCGAUUUUUUUCUUUAAUUUUAUUAUUUUAAACGGUGAGAGUACUAUCCUAGUUUCAAGUUGAGAUAUAUGUAGCCGCUUCAAUUGAUAACAUUAUAAUUAUCGCUGCAUUUUCUUCGUGCGAAUUAUAUCGAAGAGUGACAGAUCAAGAAAAUAAAGACGAUUGCAAACUGAUACAAACGAUAAAUAUUUUUACAAUCAUAAUUGUUUAUAACAUUGUUUACAAUGUUAUUUACAACGUUAUUUACAACAUUGUUCACAACAUUGUUUACAACAUUGUACAAGAAUGCAAUAUGUUAUUAUUUGAUUGUAAUUACGAAUUUUUGUUUGUAACUCUCGUUUAAAAACUUCUGGAGCAAAAUCGAUCGUACCAAUGUGACAUUACGUUUAGUAGCCGCACUCAUUUGCAUAUCAUGAGAAAGCUCUUGUCCAUACAUCGCGAAACAUGAUUGUGCUGAAGCAGAAAGCUUCUCUACAUUACGGUCUUCCACCGCCACCGGUACCCCAGCCACCCUCGCCCUGGUCCAGCAUACUCUGGGGCGAUGAUCCGCGACCACGCGGACGAAAAGUCGCGUGUGGUGUACGCGUCACGCAACUUCGGAACAAAGUCACUGCAAAAGAUUCAGGAGCAGGAGCACCAGCUGACGAUGAGGAUACUACGAGAAGUUGUAAAAGUCUGAGCGAAUGUUACUUCGCGGGAAAAGGCGCUGCUCUGGUUUUACCGCCGAACGAAAGGGCUCGUCCUUCGAGGCGAGUCUCAGCGGCAGGAUGCGAUAUCCAGCAGCACCUACAGUCCAUGUUUUACCUGUUAAGGCCUGAAGAGACUUUGAAGAUGGCCGUGAAACUGGAGUCGGUGCAUCCAGGAAGGACGCGAUAUCUUGUCGUCGUCUCCUGCACGGGAAGGCAGGACGAGGAGAGCUGCCUUCUCGGUAUCGAUUGUCACGCCAGGGCGACAGUCGGUCUCGUGCUUCGAGUUUUGGCCGACACCGCUAUCACUCUCGAUGGCGACGGGGGUUUCAAGGUCAGUGUUUGCGGCCGUCAACACAUCUUUAAGCCGGUGUCCGUUCAGGCCAUGUGGUCGGCCUUGCAGACGUUGCACAAGGUGUCCAGUAAGGCACGCGAACAAAACUAUUUUCUAAGUGGACUGUCUCAUGACUGGGUCAGUUACUAUGAGCAACGGAUCGAGAGCGAUCGGUCGUGCCUCAACGAAUGGCAUGCCAUGGACAAUCUGGAGUCCAAGAGACCGCCGUCACCGGAUAGCGUACGCACCAAGCCCAGAGAGAGAGAGGAGACCGAGCGCGUGAUUCGAUCGACGCUGAAAGAGAUUAUGAUGUCCGUGGAUCUCGAUGAAGUUACCUCCAAGUACAUUAGGGGCCGUCUCGAAGAGGAUCUUGACAUGGACCUCGGAGAAUUCAAGCCGUUUAUCGAUCAAGAGAUGCUCACUAUACUGGGGCAAAUGGACGCGCCAACUGAGAUAUUUGAUCACGUUUAUCUCGGAAGCGAGUGGAACGCCAGCAAUUUAGAGGAACUUCAGAAAAAUGGUGUAAGGCACAUCUUGAAUGUUACUCGGGAAAUUGAUAACUUCUUCCCGGGCAUGUUCACUUAUCUGAAUGUACGUGUGUACGAUGAUGAGAAGACGGACUUGCUGAAGCACUGGGAUAACACAUUCAAGUACAUCACCAAGGCAAAGAUGGAAGGGUCUAAGGUGUUGGUGCACUGCAAGAUGGGAGUGUCCCGGUCUGCCUCCGUAGUGAUAGCUUACGCGAUGAAGGCAUACAACUGGGAUUUCUCCCAGGCGUGGAAACACGUCAAGGAGAAGCGCAAUUGCAUCAAACCUAACAACAGCUUCCUCCUGCAAUUGGAAACGUACCAAGGUAUUUUGGAUGCGAUGAAGAACAAAGAGAAACUUCAGAGGUCCAAGUCCGAUACGAAUCUGAAAUCUCCUACGUCCGCGAAGAAUCAGUCAAAAAAGGAGGAGAAAUCGGAUAAUAUAGAGAACAAUAUGCGGGAGAUUUCGGGUUCAGAGUUGAAGAAAAGCAGUCAAAGACCAAAGAGUUGGUCACCGAAUGUCAAAGUCGCUGAGAAUAUGUUACCUUCCGUUCCUUUAUCGCAGUCGUUGGAAAGUAUCGACAAGACAGGAAAUGCGGAAGUCACACGGGAGGAUCUGCUUCGUGGCUCGAAUCAAAAACCGGCAAUAGAACAGGAGGCUCGCAAUGUUCUAAUGCCCUGCGACAACGGGCAAUCUUACAGCGUGUCGCAGAACAAGAUAAUGCACCUAGACCCCACCCCCACCCCUGGCACACCACCUAGCGUAAAGAAUAGAAUUAAUAAGUUGGAAACUCAGGGACAGAAGAGGAAGGGUUUGGUACUCAAUUUAACCAAUCAAUUUGAAGCGGCCAGCAGUAAACCGUCAUCACCGGGAUCCGAUUCGGACGCGAGAUCUCUGCCUCAACAUUCGGAGGAUAUCGCGAAACCGAUCGAAAAUGGCCACUCGCAUUGCGAGCAAUCGCAGGAAUCGCAGGAGACUGCGGCUUCCGUUGCGAACAGAAGGCCUUCUAGAGAGGAAGUUUGGGAUCCCGGUGAAGAACAGAAGGAGAGGAAAGAAGAGAUGAGCCAGGAGUCCACCGAGGUCAACGAUAAUAGUGAAUGUCUAGUCUGGACUGUGUCUGCGGAUGCAACAUGUGCUGAUUCGUGUAAUGACAAUCAAACUGUCGGAGGUGUGAGUGUGGAGAGUGAAUGUAUCGCGAGUGCGGCAACGGAUGCAACGACGUUGACGUAUCCCGAUAGCUUGGAAAAGAAAACGAAGAAGGACGGUGAUCCAUUUAGCGCCCAACUAGACCGAGUGUUCGAUCGCGAGGAGAGACGGGGUGAGCUUCCCGUCACAAGGGAAUCUCCGAGCAGACAAAGUUCCUGGAGUAGUUACGAUAGUGCGGUGGUUCUCGACAACAACUCAGUGCAUAGUUCGUGGGCUACCUUACCGUCGAGGAACAGUUCCUGGGGUUCUUACGAUAUGCGGCCAUCCGAUUUACUCGGCUCCAGCGGUCUAUUUCCGUACGACAAGGAAGAGAUACCCUGGCAUCCGGGCACGGUAAAGCGUACUAAGCAAAAACUGGAAGAAGGCACGACUGUGGGCGGGGUGAAACGCGUAUGCACGCAGAACUCGACGUCCGCGGAUGAUAAGAGCGACAGGCUGGCCGCUGAAGUGGACGCGGUGGCGGUCGAAACGUACAAUCCGAUGCUGUUGCAUCACAUGCCGUCGCCGUCACCGACACGAAGAAGAGAUUCGUCACCCAGUCAAGAACACAAUCUUAAAAUAGAAACGAAUAGAGACUCGCCUAGUCCGGUAGGCAUCGACAUUUCCCUUACGCCCAUACGUCAGAUCGGAAGACUAUCCACGAGCGCCCCAGCGCCGUCCUCUUUGUCUUCCGAAUCCGACCUGCCGCUAUCCCUGAGGUCCUGCAGGUCGGAAAGCGAGACGUCCAGUCCGUGUGUCGUUAAUACUCCUCAAUGCCCCUCCGUGAAACAUCAUAAAAUGGUCUUGGAAAAUCUCUGCAACAAGUCCAUGUUCAGUAAGCGCUGCCUCUCUGUGGACGACUCGCCGGAAGCAGAGUGUCCACGUAGCACGUCUGGUAUAGUGAAAAAUUUGAAAAAGGAAUUUGAGGCAAAGUCGACUAAGUUGGAAAGGAGCCCCGAGAACAACACAUGUGAGAGCGAAAACGUGUCACUGCCCGCUCGGUCCAAAAGGGACGUGAAGAUCAGAAGCUUGCCCUCGUCGCCGGUGAUUCCGCACAACGAGUCUAAAAUCCAGUCGUCGUCUAGCGUUGGCGAAACCAAAGACAGCAAGCCGGGAAGAAGAAGCGAAACGACGCCACCGUUAUCGUCGCAGGAUAACACGUCGGAAGAUCUCUCCGUUCGAGUACUAGUGGGAAAGUACGAGGUCGCGAGGCCAGAGUCCAAGAAGAGCUCGUCGGACGUGCAGUUGCGCGCGCACAAAGACAAAGAUUGGGAUACUAUGGAGGUGCAUCCGCCGGCAAAAUCGAAAAUCGCCCCCGAGUUCUCAAGGAGAUCGGCGCCAAUCAUGAUUAAUAAUCACUCGGCGCCUCUGUUUAGCGAGGUGCCAGAAGCACCCGGUAGACCGCCAGCGGUGCCGUCACCCAGCAUGGUCGUGGCCAGCGUAGUGGCGAAGGCAGCUAGCAAGAAGCAACAGCAGCAUGGUAGAACUCAUCCCCUCGCUAGGCUACAGGUCAGGCCUAGGCAUAGCAGUCCUGUUUACAACACCAUGUAAAAAUGAUUUAGCGACGCUUUAUUUGGCGUACGUCAAAUUCUUAGACGUAAUACGAGUGCAGCGGAUAAUCCGGAUGAGGAUAUCUAUGUGGGUAUGUUAUCGUGACGAUAAAAUCGUGUGUGAUCUCUUUUUAUUGGCGAUGAAGAUUGGGAAGUUUCGGAGCUAAGAUAGUCACGCCAAUUGUUCUAAGAGUAGAUCUUUGUUUUCUCUCUGUCUUUCAUCAUCGCUGCGAUUGCUUGUCUACAACCGUCGUUCCAUUUAUCGAGAAGAACGAUCUUGUCAUUUCGGUAAUGUAACUUAUUAUUUAUAAGACGAUAAUUUCACGUAAGCGUUAUCGGAUCUUUUACUACGAAACAACGACAGGCGCUUUAUGUUCCUUCUCGUCAACGUAUAUAUAUAUAUAUGUAUAACUUGGCUUGACAUUAGUUCAAUUAUUUUAAGCUGGAAAUGCAACAAUCACGAGGCUGCGCGUCGAGAAGGAGGUCAACGUUAAAUUAAGGAAGAAAAGAAAUAAUUAUUAUUCCUAUAUCACUUCGUCGUAAGUUAGUGGGCUCGGAAUCAAACGUGCGUUAAGAAUGAAAAGUGUAUCGUGCAGAUGACAUAACGCGAAAGGCGGAGAGGGUUUUAGUCCGCAAAAGAAGAGAAAAAGAGCCGAGUGCUCAGUCAGGCUGUGAAUGUAAGGUCUGAGCCUCAGGCGCACGCUGACCUUUCUUCUGCUUCGCUUUCUUGAUCUUUUUUCUCUCUUUUUUUUUUACGAAUUUAAAGUUACUUCGUGAGAUAAAUCUCUGAUCUGCGAAGCGAUUUUGUCGUAACGGAAUAAAAGUUAUAUACGACGAGACCUCGAGAUAAUGUAAUAUUAAGCCACACUAUUAGUAAUUUAUAGGUGAUAAUGUGAUUUAGAGAGAGAGAGAGAGAGUGUGUGUAAUGCACAUUGUGUGCGAGAACACACGAUGUAGCGAAGUGUGUUUUUUGUUGAACGACUGUUUUCGAAAGUACGAGUGUGAUUGAAAAAAGGGGGUACCAAAAUUCACGAGUUUCUAAUCAUUUCCGAAACCCCGGAAAUGAUUCCUCCUGAUCUUUUGUCAACGGCCAUAUUUUACAUGAUCGUGGAACUAUGUGAAAUUUAGUCAAUCGAAGGGAUAGCAAUGUUGUAAUAAGUGGAUUAGAAAGAUUUCUCUUAAAGUGUAAAAUAAUAAUUUAAAGGAUUACGUACUAUUACUUUAUCUCCCGAAAUGUGUGAUAUAUGUUGCAAGACGAAGAUUACGAUUUUAAUAAAAGAUCAGAUCUUAUUAGAUUUUCAUUGACCUGCCGUCUCACAUUUAACUUACGAUCUAUAUGCGUGUAUACGGAUUUUGAUCUCUCCGCUAUUUGUGAUCCAAUUAGAGAGUCUUAGGUUGAAACGACCAUUGUCCUCGCGAAUUAGGUACCUCUUCUCAUUCAUUAAUUGUUAUUAAUUCUUGCUCUUUGUAUUCUUCUACUAUUAUAAAUUAUCUUUAUCUCGAUUGAUUUCGAGAUCGUUUGAUCGUGUAAUGCUUUUCAACGGCUGACGAUGCAGCAACGAUAGCACAUCAGGAAAUGUCGCUAUUAACUCUCAUAAAUCGGAAAAAGUACAAUGAAAUGGCAAGGAAAGAUAUACAUGGGUUGAUUUACAUGGGUGCAUGCAUGCACUACAUAUACUUUUCCAUCGAUCAACUUGGAGCGAUUAUAUCUGUGUGUAAGCGUCACAAUAUUUUUUUAAACACAUAUCAUCGACUCGUCGUUAAUUUUGUAAAUCACAUACAUUUCUACCGCGUCGCGCGAAAUUUAGUUAGAUGACGAAAACGAAGGAAACCCGAUUUGCCGCGCAUUGAAGACCAAUUUUAUACUCUGAUGUACUCUGACGAAUGCGACCGCUGCUAAGAGACGCUUCGCGAUCGCGUGUCGCGAUUUUAUCGUAAUAUAAAAAUAUAUUUUAUUACAAAUAUCACGCGUUUCAACCAAAUUAGGCUCGUUGAUCGUUCAGAUUGUAGAUACGGGCGAAAGAUGUGAAACAUGUAGUUUUCCGAAUAGGUCUGUUGGGUCGCACCUAGAGAUUAAAUAUUAUUCUACUUACACAAGUUAAGUACAAUCAGAUGCGAUAUAGAAAAAAAGGAUGAUCUGUUUUUCUUUUUUUUUUUUUUUUUUUUUUCUCUGUGAUACCUCGCCGAAGACAACCGCGUCCUAUUUUUAAGCGAAAUUUGCGAUUAAGCGAAAAUAAAAUUUUAGAGUUUUGAAUGAUCCAGCGAAAUCGUCAAAUUUAGAGUAUAUUCGAAUUCUUUAUAUAUAUUUCUUUUUUGUUUUUCCAUUUUAUUAGCUGAAUGCACAAGAUUUCAAUGACCGUCAUAUGGAAUCCAGAUGAAUAUCCGACGAUAUACUAAUCGUCUCAAGUGUUAUGAAGCGUGUUGUCGUCUUCGGCGCGAGUAUUAAAACGAUGCGCUUUCUGCUCUCUCAGCGUGUUUGUGCGCGAGCAAUCUUUUUUCUACACCGAAUCGCUUCAACAACCGAUGGAUUUGCUCGUGUCAAGUAAGUUUGUAUUGUCACAAAUCGAUGUGCUCAGUUUUAGUGAUUAUCCCUGUCCUGUUCCUUCGACCGCCCCCCAAUCCUUGUCUCUUUUAAGUCUUGCUUAAGUGUGUGCGUUCGCUCGAUAUGAGCACUUGCUGUCAUAUGAGAAAUGAUAAAACCGUACGUUGUUCUGUAUAAAUUUUGUACUAUAGUUUGUAUCAAAUAAAAUACAUUGUUUAUUGCUUGAGAGUGCA